AUGUACUCUAAAUAUGGUAGCAUCAAGAAAGCAAGAGGAAUAUUUGACAGGGUCAAAGAUAAAGAUUUAACUAUUUGGACUUCCAUGAUAAAUAGUUAUGCCAUACAUGGAAUGGCGGAUGAAGCUAUCAACCUCUUCGAAAAAAUGACAACUUCAGAAGGGUUAAAACCGGAUACCAUUGUUUAUACUAGUCUUUUACUUGCAUGUGGCCAUUCAGGAUUAAUAGAAGAUGUAUUAAAGUACUUCAAAAGUAUGCAAACAAAUUUUGGAAUAAGUUCUACAAUAGAACAUUAUACUUGUUUGGUAGAUCUUCUAGGCCGAGUCGGACAACUUGAGCUAGCUUUAGUUACAAUUCAAGCAAUGUCGUUGGAAUUACAAGCACGAGCUUGGGGUUCGUUGCUUAGUGCUUGUAGGAUCCAUGGCAAUGUUGAGUUGGGAGAGCUUGCGGCUGCCAAGUUAUUAGAACUUAGCCCAGGUAGUUCUGGAAGUUAUGUAUUAAUGGCUAAUUUGUACACCUCAGUUAAAAGUUUAACGAGGCAAAUAAAAUGCGAUACUUGA